CGUGUACGUUGACCACCGGCCUUUCAGGGUUCCAGUUAACCACCGGCGAUGGCAUCCAAGAACGCAAUUAAUAAAAUAAAAAGAAAAAACCUUAGAAAAGUGAAUAUAAAGAAGAUGAUGGGCCCGGUUGUAAUAUCCACGCAGAAUCUUUUGAUAUUUGACCUGGGCAUUGCCGAACUGGGGCUUUUUCUACUCCUUGAAUGCUGGCCAUUUCUUUGUUUAAGCGAGGGAGUGCAUUGCUCAGGAAUCUGCCUAUAAAGGUUCUUCCUUGACUCUCUUUUAUUCGACAUGCUCAAAGUCCCCCAAAAUCAGGUUGCUGGUCACCAAGCUGGUGGGGGAAAGCUUGGGCCACUUGUAGAUGAUUCUGGGCACUUUUACAAGCCUCUCCAAGGAGAUGAACGCGGAUCUAAAGAGGUUGCAUUUUACACUUCAUUUUCUUUAAACACUAAGGUUCCAGAUGACAUCCGCAAAUUCUUCCCGAUCUUUCAUGGCACUCAGCUUGUUGAGGCAUCUGAUGGAUCUGGCUUAAAAUCUCACCUAGUUUUGGAAGAUCUUACUUUAGGCCGUGUCAAUCCUUCAAUAAUGGACAUCAAGAUUGGCUCCAGAACUUGGUCCCCACAAGCAUCUGAGGACUACAUAGCGAAGUGUUUGAAGAAGGAUAGAGAAUCAUCAAGCCUCCUGUUAGGAUUCAGGUUAUCAGGUCUACAGUUUUAUACCAACAAAGAAUCAGUAUUCAGGAAACCUACAAGGAAAUCUGUUCAGAGUCUUUCUGCCGAGGAAAUUAAGUUAGUUCUGAAAAAUUUUGUUUCUUCUAACACUUCUACAGAGUUGGAAUCAAAACCAGAUUGUGCUUUUGCAUCACUUGUUUUUGGUGGUCCCACUGGUAUUUUGUCACAGUUAUUUGAGUUGAAAUCAUGGUUUGAGGAUCAAACUCUAUACCAUUUUUAUUCUGUCUCAGUUCAUAUGAUGUAUGAAAAGCGGCUUGCUUCAGAAGGAAGGAAUCCUGGAGCAGAGAUUAAGCUUAUUGAUUUUGCACAUGUUGAUGAAGGCAGGGGUGUCAUUGAUCACAAUUUCUUGGGUGGGAUCUGCUCUUUAGUAAAGUUCAUUUCUGAAAUUCUUAGGGCUACAGAUGACUGCCCAACCAAAGCUUGUUCAAAAGAUGCUCAGAAGAAACACUAUAUUACUGAUAAUGGAAUAAACUGAUUGAAGUAAAUUAUCUGCUGGGUGAUGAAGUGGAGAAUUUUUUUCUUUCCCUCUGGGACAAGUUACAGAAGUGAAGAUCAGAUCGAGCUGUUGGAUUUUGCUGAUUCGGAUAUGCUUAACUUUACUUAUGGUCAACUAUUGAACAUGUUCAGAAGAUGCUAGUUGGGACUUGGGAAGCAACUGUUGCUUUAUAUUGUACUUGUUCAACAAAUAUUUUAGGCCCUAACUCUUCUAUUCGCAGUUUACUUACCACUUCUAGCAAGCUUUUCUGAUUGGUCCUUUAGUCUUCUGGAUUAUUGAGUAUUGCAGCUACGGUUACUGGACGAAACUUUCCCAGAGUCAGUAGUGACUUUUUUCUUUUU